GCAGAACAUGGACUAUCUAUGAGCAGCAGCACUUAAGACCAGACCGCGACCUCAUCGGCGCAACAUGGAGGAGAUCCGACCGACUGCGAAAUGGGCAAACCGCAUGUUGCGCCCCUUGACAUCCAUCCACCACCGCCUCGAGAAACACCACGAGAUUCGCAAGAGCAUCGCCGACGCGAGAUCGAAAGAGAAAGACUCCGCCAGCGAGACCGACGAGAAUGCGCGGGUCCCGACCGCCACCGCCGACGCAGCAGACUGCACGACCUUCUCGGACGAAGAACCCGACGACCCGGCCUGGAUCCCGGGAAAACCGAAUCGGCGCAUCAGACACAACUACUCAAGCCGCGGGCAGAGGAACGGGGCGCGGAGACGCAGUCGGCUCUUGAUCAAGAGCCCGGAAGUGCAGCGCACGCUCCCUGGCGCCAUUGAGAUCGCGACCCCGUUGAUCACGGGAAGGACACUAGGGGGCGCGUCGGAGGCAUCCACGUCCGCGUCGAUCCGGAAACAAUUAUUUCGCAAUGUGACGCUACCGUCGGCUGCGGGUGAGGCUGCCGGGACGGGACAGGGCGAGAAUCGCAGAGCGUCGCGGACGAACAAUGCCAACUUCCCGGCCUACCAGGGCUCGUGGAAGGAGGCGUUGGAUUUCUCGGGCGAUGCGGGUGUCGUGGAUGUCGCGCGGUUUUUGGAUCGCAUGUUUAUGAAGUUUUUGAAUAAUACGCGGGCGGGCGCGCAGCGGGAGGAGGGGGGCCGGGGGGCUCGGUCGUUGCUGGCGAUGGCGGCAAGACGGCUUCCCGAGUUUAUUGCUGAUGAGCAGAGGCUGCAAGAUGAGGCGGAGGAGGAUGGCGAGGUCGAUAUGUGCGAUGCCUACUUUACGGAACUGGAGGCCCAUUAUGCCCCUGGUGGUCGGGGAUGGCAGCCCCUCCGUGAUGCGGUGCGCGCCCAGGGGAUCCACCUGAUCUCGGAGAUGAUGUUGAAAGGUUGGGUCCCGCGGUUGGCGACCUGUCGUCUUUUGGAGGAGUGCCUCAACCAGGGAGAGUUGGACGCCUUUGAAACCCUAUUAUCUCGAUAUCUCACCACUAUCCGAACAUACGAUUACCCGCCCGCGUUCGACCCCCCCGGCCCUCGAGCGCGCGGCGAUGACCCGAUUCACAUACUACGCGUGUACUACACACGGGCGCCUGGACGGAGGUACUUUGUCUUCGAUGAGGUGGCCAAACUGCUGUCGCGCCGUGCAUUCCCGCCCGAGUGGAUGGUCACGGCCCGGUGGAAGAAGUGCGUGGAUGGCGCCAUCCGGUCGCUGUCGACUGGCGAUGGCGAUUCCGCGGCUGCCACCCGGGCUAUUGAAGCUAUUGUCCUGUCGUCUGCGGGCGUCUUCCCGGUCACGGAUUCACCUGUCGUCCGGGCGAAGGGAAAGGGGAAGGGAAGAGGGAGAGGGAGAGGGAGAGGGAAAAAUGCGAUGCCUGCGAAAGAUACGCGCGCGAAAGAUACUAGGGCCUCCGUCGCGAAUUCGUCGACUCUCCCUCAAGACCUGUCUCCGUGCCCUAUCCCGAUCCAAGACGCGCUUACCAACCUCUCCUCGAGUCUCGUCACCGCACUCUGCGGGAUGAGCAUCGCGCGGUCGCAGGCCCCGGACGCCGACGAGCGAUCGACGGGCCGGAAGGUCAGGUUUGUCGUGGGGUCGCUGUCCUUCACCGUGCAACGGGCCAUCGGGCUGGUCUUGUCGCUGCGGGAGAUGGAGGGCCUCAGUUUCCACGGCCUGCGCCGGGGCUAUGUCUUGCUGGGCGAGUGGUUGCUCCAGUGCCAUGAAACAUCUACGCCGGAGGUCAUCAGCCAGUCCAACUUGAUUUCGCCCAAGAACGUGGAAUCGUUCUGCCUCUCGUUAGCCAACCAACAGGAAUGGGUCAAACAGCUCGCCGAGUUCGUCCAACAGGUGUUUCACUGCUGCGGGCACGCACGCAAGGGCGAUCCCACCCGGACCCCCCGCGAGGUGCGGACGAUUGUCUCCCGGCUCGCUCAGCUGACGACGAGGACGGGAAGAAUGCCUCUACUCGGGAAAGUGGCCGCGGAAACGGCCAUGGCCCUGGCAGAGAUUACGUUGGACGAGGACGACCACGCGUGGGCGCUGGAAACCCAAGGACAGGCCAUCUCCUCCCAGCAGGAGAGGCCCGCCGACGAGUAUGAGUAUGAGUCUGAGUCUGAGUCGCUCGCCUCGACGCAUCAGCCAUCCUCACAGACGGCGCUCGACCUGUACCGGUGGGAGGACAGCAUCGGGGAAUGGGUAGCCAGCACCCCAGCCCCUAAAGCCCCUCAACCCCCCAAGACGUCUACCAGCACCGACCGCGUAUCGACGGAAUCCUGCUCGACCAGUAGCCGGUCCCCGAGCCCAGCACCGUCGGAGACGGUCGCGUCGAGCGUGACUUCGUCUGCGCCCUCGGUGUCGGGGAAACGAGGACGAGGAUGCGCGCAGGCCGAUUGGACGCCACCGUUGCCAUCGCCGUCCCCGAAAAGACUAAGGCUUCGCUCGAGCGCGAGGACGAAUGCCGCCGCCGUCGCUGUGAUGUCGCCCAGCGACGAGUCCACCCGCUCGGGCUCCCCCGUAGCCGCCCGCACACGCACGGCGCUUCGCGAUCUGCCCCAGGCCAAGAACCGUGUGGUGCAGGUGCAGCAGCAUCGUGCCACUGCCAUGGCCUCUAGGAAAGUGGCACCCCAGAUCGAGGUGGUCAUCAUCAAUCGCAGCCCCUCUGCCUCUGGCCUCUCUCCCUCCACGAUGGAUCUGCCCGCCCCGUUGACGGUGUGCCGGCCCCGGAAUGCGCGCGGGCGCGGGCGGCCCCCAGCCAACCGCCUGAACCUGAAGCCCCCUCCGCUGCCCACCAGUCUCCCAGACCCAAAGCUUGAUCUGCCCCGGGUGACUCGCACGCGCACGCCAGCCGUGCAGGUGCGGCGUGAGAUUCCUUGUUCGCAGGACGAUAGCGAGGAUGAGUUGAGUUUUCUGUAAGCGGGGGUUGCGUUGGUUGGAGUUGAGGGUUCGUGGCUGGCUUGGGUGCUUGGUGUUGGCGUUUGCAAUUUUUGGGGCGGGUCUGGUUUAGCUUUGGGGGUGUGUGUCCCUUGGGAAUCUGGGAUCUUAUUGAUUAGAGUAUUUGGAUUUGGAUUUGGAUUUGGUCUUGGUCCCUGGGGUCUGGGCUUGGCUUAUUGGGGACAGGGUUGAGGAUUAGGAUCAUUGGUUCUGGAUGAUACCCGCCGGCAUUAUUAUUCUGGCCCGAAUUUGGAUUGGAUUCGGUAGUUAGUUAGUUAGUUAGUUAGUUAUCGAGUGAUUACUGGUGAGAUACUACUGGUUAGUGAGAUAGAUUAAGUUGGCGUUUUAGGGUUUUUGUCAAUGCAUG